CAGCCCCAUCAUCCCUGCACGUAUUUGUACAAGGUCCUGGGUGGGCAGAGGCUGCCAACCAACUCUGUGGGGACACUGAUGGCCCAAGUGGCAGUGGGGGCAGCGCCCAUGGGCCCUGCGACCCUUGCUCCCCACCCCCUUCCUUUCUGCCCUGCUGCUUUUUGGUGGACUGACUGCCCGGGAACUGCAGUCAGCACUGAAAACCUGUGGUUUCUUCUUGCCUUUCGCCGUUCUCCCUCACCGUGGGGGAGGGCAUUGGGAGGGUCUCAGGCGGAUGCCCUAGGGGGGAAGGGGUUGGCUGGUCCCCACCCUUGAAGUGCCAGCGGUGACACCACAGAACUCCAGCCUGGCCUUGGCAGUGACUUCUCCAAAAGGCCUAAAGCUGUCCACUGGUGGUGGGGCAGGCUGUGAGGCAACCUGCUGGUUGGUGGGAAGGAAGUGUAGGUGGACUGGGUCGAGUGGCUUGGAAUCCACUCUCCUGCCUCCAGCUGUGUAAACUCUUGCCUCGGAACGGAACUGCAGCACAGGGUGGCACUGGUGGGGGCCUCGCUUGUCACCUGCUCCUCUCCCCAGCCUCCCUGCGAGGUCCCAGCUUUGCCUCCAGGAAGCAGAGCGGCAAGUGGUGGGCCAGGCAGUAGCACGUCCAGGAGCCCAAGCUAGAAGGUUCUAGCCACUUCCAGAAGAUUCCUAGACGCUCCUCCCGAUGUCUCAUUUCAUUUCCCGUCUCCUGGAUCGUAACUUUGCUUCCUGGGCACUCUGCGGGGAUCAGAGCUUCUCACUGCAUUCCGAGGGGGCCGAGAGGAUGUCCGGCGGGGCCCCGCCGGCUGAGCGGGCCGCUGUGGGCGACAUGGACGACAAGGCCACCCGCUUCCAGGUGCAGAAGCACUCAUGGGACGGGCUGCGGAGCAUCAUCCACGGCAGCCGCAAGUACUCGGGCCUCAUCGUCAACAAGGCCCCGCAUGACUUCCAGUUUGUGCAGAAGACAGACGAGGGUGGCCCGCACUCCCACCGCCUCUACUACCUAGGGAUGCCUUACGGCAGCCGUGAGAACUCGCUCCUCUACUCGGAGAUCCCCAAGAAGGUCCGCAAAGAGGCCCUGCUACUGCUGUCCUGGAAGCAGAUGCUGGACCACUUCCAGGCCACACCCCACCAUGGGGUCUACUCCCGGGAGGAGGAGCUGCUUCGGGAGCGGAAGCGCCUGGGUGUCUUUGGCAUCACCUCCUAUGACUUCCACAGCGCCAGUGGCCUCUUCCUCUUCCAGGCCAGCAACAGCCUCUUUCACUGCCGUGAUGGGGGCAAGAAUGGCUUCAUGGUGUCUCCAAUGAAGCCGUUGGAGAUCAAGACCCAGUGCUCAGGGCCCCGAAUGGACCCCAAAAUCUGCCCUGCCGACCCUGCCUUCUUCUCCUUCAUCAACAAUAGCGACCUGUGGGUGGCCAACAUUGAGACAGGCGAGGAGCGGCGCCUGACCUUUUGCCACCGGGGAUCAUCCAAUGUCCUGGAUGACCCCAAAUCUGCUGGUGUGGCCACCUUCGUCAUCCAGGAAGAAUUUGACCGCUUCACAGGCUGCUGGUGGUGCCCCACAGCCUCCUGGGAAGGUUCUGAAGGCCUCAAGACACUGCGGAUCCUGUAUGAGGAGGUUGAUGAGUCUGAGGUAGAGGUCAUUCACGUCCCCUCACCCGCACUGGAGGAGAGGAAGACAGAUUCGUACCGGUACCCCAGGACAGGCAGCAAGAAUCCUAAGAUCGCUCUGAAGCUGGCUGAAUUCCAGACUGACAGCCAGGGCAAGAUCGUCUCAGCCCAAGAGAAGGAGCUGGUGCAGCCCUUCAGCUCCCUCUUCCCCAAGGUGGAGUACAUCGCCAGGGCCGGGUGGACACGGGACGGCAAAUAUGCCUGGGCCAUGUUCCUGGACCGGCCCCAGCAGCGGCUCCAGCUUGUCCUCCUGCCCCCCGCUCUGUUCAUCCCAACUCCUGAGAGUGAGGAGCAGCGACUGGCCUUUGCCAGAGCCGUUCCCAAGGAUGUCCAGCCACACGUGGUGUAUGAGGAGGUCACCAAUGUCUGGAUCAAUGUGCACGACAUCUUCUACCCCUUCCCACAGGCACAUGGCCAGGAGGAGUUCUGCUUCCUCCGCGCCAACGAGUGCAAGACUGGCUUCUGCCACCUGUACAAAGUCACUGUUCUCCUCAAGGCCAAAGGCUACGACUGGACGGAGCCGCUGAGCCCCAGGGAAGAUGAAUUUAAGUGUCCCAUCAAGGAGGAGAUGGCGCUGACCAGCGGUGAAUGGGAGGUUCUGGCGAGGCAUGGCUCCAAGAUCUGGGUCAAUGAGGAGACCAAGCUGGUUUACUUCCAAGGCACAAAGGACACACCACUGGAGCAUCACCUCUAUGUGGUCAGCUACGAGUCAGCCGGCGAGAUUGUGCGCCUCACCACACUCGGUUUCUCUCACAGCUGCUCCAUGAGCCAGAGCUUCGACAUGUUCAUCAGCCAUUACAGCAGCGUGAGCACGCCGCCCUGCGUGCAUGUCUACAAGCUGAGCGGCCCUGAGGACGACCCGCUGCACAAGCAGCCCCGCUUCUGGGCCAGCAUGAUGGAGGCAGCCAGCUGUCCCCCAGACUAUGUGCCUCCGGAAAUCUUCCACUUCCACACGCGCUCCGAUGUGAGGCUCUAUGGCAUGAUCUAUAAGCCGCAUGCCCUGCAGCCAGGGAAGAAGCACCCCACCGUACUCUUUGUGUAUGGGGGCCCCCAGGUGCAGCUCGUGAACAACUCCUUCAAAGGGAUCAAGUAUUUGCGGCUCAACACACUGGCGUCUCUGGGCUAUGCCGUGGUAGUGAUUGAUGGCCGAGGCUCAUGUCAAAGAGGGCUUCGGUUCGAAGGAGCCCUGAAAAACCAAAUGGGCCAGGUGGAGAUUGAAGAUCAGGUGGAGGGCUUGCAGUUCGUGGCGGAGAAGUACGGCUUCAUCGACCUGAGCCGCGUUGCCAUCCACGGCUGGUCCUAUGGAGGCUUCCUCUCACUCAUGGGCCUGAUCCACAAGCCCCAGGUGUUCAAGGUAGCCAUUGCGGGUGCCCCAGUCACUGUCUGGAUGGCCUAUGACACAGGGUACACAGAGCGCUACAUGGAUGUGCCGGAAAACAACCAGCAUGGCUACGAGGCGGGCUCUGUGGCCCUGCAUGUGGAGAAGCUGCCCAAUGAGCCCAAUCGGCUGCUCAUCCUCCACGGGUUCCUGGACGAGAACGUGCACUUCUUCCACACCAACUUCCUUGUCUCCCAGCUGAUCCGGGCAGGGAAGCCCUAUCAACUCCAGAUCUACCCCAACGAGAGACACAGUAUUCGCUGCCCCGAGUCGGGCGAGCACUACGAAGUCACCCUGCUGCACUUUCUACAAGAGUACCUCUGACGCCCGCGGGGCGCCUGGAGCCUUCACAGCACAGCACAACUGGCUUCGUGGCCGCCACCCCGGGGACCAGGCGGGAGGGACCAGGCGGCCCUGCAGGCUGCCACGAGGUGCCUCCUUCAUCAUCCCUGCUGGGCAGCCCUGCGGCCAAGAGGCCACUGCCUUCACCCCAACGCCUUUGGUCUUUUUUGACGCUCCUGGUUUCUUUGCUUGCUGCUUCUUGGUUGCCAGGACAGAGAGACAGUGGCCAGUCUCCUUGAGGCACUGCCUUGUGCCAUCCCCUCCUUGCCUCGUCGUCUGGGAGGUGGGGCCCCCCCCACCCCACUGGAAAGGCCAGGGUUUGGGUGCCUCGGCAAAAAGUGAUUAGAGGAGCUGGGCCUGGAAAUCGCCCGGCCACAGCCCUGAGCGCCCUCCUCCUGUGUCUCCCGAUGGCCUCUAGGUCUCCUGCCCCUGCCAGCCACCGUCCCCAGCACAGGAGCAUGCGAUGCCUGUCCUCCCUGCCAGCCCCACUUCAUACUCGUGUUGUGUCUUAGGGGCAUUUUAAAUAAUUAUUUAAAAGACAAAGCAAGGGAUGCCUAAAUCUGGAGUCGGAGUCCACCACUGGGACCGGGCAGCGGGGUUCAGCCCAGCACCUGCAGGCCCCAUGUGUUCCAAAGCGCAGAUUGGACAGUGGAGAGCAGAACUGGGCCAGCAGGAGUAGUGGUCAGGGCUUGCAGGCAAUGCCUGUGGAUGGAGGGCAGCCCUGUGUCAUCCCCCUCCCCGUCCCCGAGCUUGCAGGCAGGCAUUGCUUCCUGCUGUCCCCCUUCCUCCUCCUGCCUAGCUGUCCAGCCAGGUGUCUGCUUGGCCCUACCUGCAGGUGUUCUAGGAUUGGGAGUUGAACUGUCCCCACCUCAGGCUCACCCCCUCUCUCUCCCUUCCUGCCAAGAGUUCGGGCAUAAAGAAGUAAGAAAAGAAGAAAGAAAAGGAAAAAAAAAAAAAAAACCAGAAACAAAACACCUCUACAUAUUAUGGAAAGAAACUAUUUUUGUCGAUUCUUAUUCUUUUAUAAUUAUGCGUGUAAGACGUAGACUCAUUAAACAACUCCACAUGGACGCGGCCGUCU